CUGCCAGCUUUACUCGUCCCCAGUGUGCGAUUCACUCUUCUGUUAAGUUUAUCACUGAUCUUAGUGAGAGAAACAACCAUUGAAAUCCAUCCAAAGCAAUAACAGCUUCUAGAGAGAGAGAGAGAGAGAGAUACUUUGCGAAUUGCGAUAUUUUCAUCUCAUUUUCUGCUAUUAGAAUCGGAACUGCGAUCAAGAGAACAGCAAAAAAAUGGCGGGCUAUAUAGGAGUAUUAGUAUCGGAUCCAUGGCUACAGAACCAGUUCACGCAAGUUGAGCUUCGGAGCUUAAAAUCUCAGUUCAUGACGAUGAGGAAAGAAAGCGGAGGUUUGAAGCUGGGCGACUUGGCGGCAAAGAUGUCAACACUGAAACAUAUCGGAGAGAAUCUUACGGAGCAAGAUAGAGAUGCGUUUCUCAGAGAUUCGUAUACAAACUUGGAUGAAGACGUCGAUUUUGAGCUGUUUCUCAGGGUAUAUUUGAAACUCCAAGCACAUGCAACAGCUCGAAUGGGAAGUAAUGCAAAAAAUCCAUCAGCAUUUCUCACGUCUCCCACUUCUACUUUGCUUCACACAAUUAGUGGAUCUGAGAAGACAUCAUACGUUGCACACAUAAACAACUAUCUGGCUGAAGAUGAAUUCUUAAAAGGAUACCUUCCAAUAGACCCUUCAACUAAUGAUCUCUUUGAGGUUGCCAAGGAUGGAGUUCUUAUUUGCAAACUUAUAAAUCUUGCUGUACCUGGAACAAUUGAUGAAAGGGCGAUAAAUAUGAAGAGAAUAAUCAACCCCUGGGAAAGGAAUGAGAAUCUUACUCUAGGCCUCAACUCUGCAAAGGCAAUUGGAUGUACUUUGGUCAACAUUGGAACUCAAGACUUCAUUGAAGGAAGGAGGCAUCUUGUUCUUGGUGUGAUUUCUCAAAUUAUUAAGAUUCAACUACUGGCAGACCUCAAUUUGAAGAAAACACCUCAACUGGUCGAGUUGGUUGAUGAUAGUAAGGAUAUAGAGGAACUGAUGAGCCUACCACCAGAAAAGAUCUUGCUCAGAUGGAUGAACUUUCAAUUGAAAAAGGGUGGAUACAAGAAAACAGUUACGAACUUCUCGUCUGACAUAAAGGACGCUGAGGCUUACGCUCAUCUCUUAAAUGUUUUAGCCCCUGAGCACAGUAUUCCAGCAACCAUGUCUGUGAAAGAUUUUCUAGAAAGAGCUAAGUUGGUUCUUGAACAUGCAGAUAGAAUGGGCUGCAAAAGAUACUUAACUGCAAAAGAUAUCGUGGAAGGUUCUCCUAAUCUUAACCUUGCAUUUGUGGCACAUAUCUUCCAGCAUAGGAAUGGACUUUCAACACAAACAAAGCAGAUUGAUUUUCUUGAAAUGACUCCUGAUGAUGCUCAAAUGUCCAGAGAAGAGAGAGCAUUUCGAUUUUGGAUCAACAGUCUUGGAAAUUCUUUUAUGAUAGAUAAUGUCUUUGAAGAUCUUAGAAAUGGAUGGGUGCUUCUGCAAACACUUGACAAGGUGUCCCCAGGAAUUGUUAACUGGAAGAUUGCAACUAAGCCUCCAAUUAAGAUGCCUUUUAGAAAAGUGGAAAAUUGCAACCAAGUUGUCAAGAUUGGGAAACAAUUGAAGUUUUCCCUAGUUAACAUUGCUGGGAAUGACAUUGUACAAGGAAAUAAGAAAUUAACAUUAGCUUACUUGUGGCAGUUAAUGCGGUUCAAUAUGCUUCAGCUUUUAAAGAAUUUGAGGUCUCAUUCCCUUGGAAAGGAAAUCACUGAUGCAGACAUUUUAGACUGGGCUAACAGCCAAGUGAAAAGUUCUGGAAGGCAUGGCCAUAUGGCUAGCUUUAAGGAUAAAAGGCUAUCAGAUGGUGUCUUUUUCCUUGAGCUGCUUAGCGCAGUAUAUCCUCGAGCUGUCAACUGGAGUCUAGUUACAAAAGGAGAAACUGAGGAGGAGAAAAAAAUGAAUGCAACCUACAUCAUUAGUGUGGCAAGGAAGCUCGGAUGCUCUAUCUUUAUACUGCCUGAAGAUUUAAUUGAGGUAAACCAGAAGAUGAUUCUUACAUUGACAGCAAGUAUAAUGUAUUGGCACAUGAAACAACAGCCUGUAGAGGAUCGAACAAGUACUUCAUCAGAUGGGGAGAUCAAUAGCUUGCCUGAGACAAUCUCAACCGCAGAUGAUUCUGCCUCAGAGUCUUCAGAGUAGAACAACAACACAUACAUAUAUAUCCUUUGCAACAUUAUCUAUCUGCCUAAACUCUAUUCUCUGCUUCAGUUUUUAUUUUUGUUUUACACUUACUAUUUUGGGUGUCAAUUUUUUGAAAAGCUUGAAAACCAUAUAUUACUAGGUUGCAUGAAUAUGUAUAGUGGAUGGUGUAGCCUUGGAUUGCAAUUUAUUACAGAGGAUUAUUUUUCACCC